GCAGCUCCUCCAGUUGUAGACAGCGGGCACCAGCUGGCAGCGACGACAGGAGGGGGACUGAUCGGUUGCCUGCUGCAACUCUUCACAACACGCUACCUGACAGACAACUUAAAACAGCAGGUAACUCCAUCAAGAGAUAAGAAAAUAUUUACUUCCCAUGAUGGCCGAGGUGUCUCUAGUUACCAACUGUGACUGCCGAGUUAGUUCUGUAUUGGGCAAGAACACUCGUGAGCUUGGCAAACAGUACCUCUUUGACGGUUCUCCAGAGACAUGCUGGAACAGUGACCAGGGAACACCCCAGUGGGUCGCUCUGCGGUGGAAGGAGCCCGUUAUUGUCACUUCCAUCAUUGCUCAAUUCCAGGGUGGAUUUUGUGGGUCACCAGACACUGUGGUGGAGGUAGGGCAGGAAGGCAGCAACUGUUGGGAGGAGGUGGCACCAUGGCAUCUUGAGGAUGUGGGUACCGAGCAAAUCAUCCGUCUUCAGCAGCCUCGUGCUCUCUCAAGCCUUCGACUCACAUUUAAGUCUUCUACAGACUUUCAUGGCAGAAUCAUAAUGUAUAAAUUGGAUGUAUUAGGUAAUAAACUUUGAUUUAGGAAAAGUGUUUUUUG